AAUUCCCACACGCAUCGACGGCACCCUUUACCAAAUCUACUCGCCCGCUGAUUCCGAUCGAGAAAAAUCCUCCACCGCAACAGUUGCUCCCAAUCCGUCAAGAUGCAGAUCUUUGUGAAGGCACUCACCGGCAAGACCAUCACUCUUGAGGUCGAGUCCUCUGACACGAUCGACAAUGUCAAGGCCAAGAUCCAGGAUAAGGAGGGCAUCCCUCCGGACCAGCAGCGUCUCAUCUUUGCAGGCAAGCAAAUUGAGGAUGGACGCACCCUUGCUGACUACAAUAUCCAGAAGGAAUCCACCUUGCACCUGGUGCUCCGCCUCCGUGGUGGCAUGCAGAUUUUUGUCAAGACCCUUACUGGCAAGACUAUCACCUUGGAAGUGGAGUCUUCGGACACCAUUGACAACGUGAAGGCGAAGAUCCAGGACAAGGAGGGUAUUCCCCCGGACCAGCAGCGCCUGAUCUUCGCUGGUAAGCAGCUCGAGGAUGGUCGCACUUUGGCUGAUUACAAUAUUCAAAAGGAGUCUACUCUGCACCUGGUGCUCCGCCUUCGUGGUGGCCAAUGAGUUAAUUGGGCUCCUGGAAGGUUGAUUCGCAUGUCUGUGAGCGCCUGCUGGGCUGCUCCCUCGUCAUCUCUUUGGUUAUGUGAAGUGUGUCAUGUGUCGUUUCUUCAACUCUUUUUUCCUGUGCCAUUUGUGAGAACACCUGUUACUGCCUUUGAGCAGCUUUCUAUGUUAUUAAUAAGUGAACCUGAAUCUACCGUUUUGCUAUGGUUGCUUUCUGCUCAGAUUGUAAAAUGUUAGCACUACAAUCAAAUAGGUGGUUGGAACGUGGAACAUAAUUUUGACUGAAGACAAUUUAAGAAAGAGAGGAUGGCUUGUUGCUGUCCAUUUUCUUGAA